AUAUUUGUAGGUUUCCAGUCUUUUCAAAGAUGGCACCAUUGGAACAGACAUCAACAUCGUUGUGGUCAGCCUGCUGCUGCUGGAACAGGACCCUCUGGGCUUGAAUAUAAAUCACAACGCCGACCAGUCCCUCAACAGUUUCUGUCAGUGGCAGUCGGGUCUGGUGGGAAAAGGAGGUAAACGGCACGACCACGCAGUUCUUCUCACCGGACUUGACAUUUGCUCCUGGAAGAACGAGCCCUGUGACACCCUGGGUUUUGCCCCAAUCAGUGGCAUGUGCAGUAAGUACAGGAGCUGUACCAUCAAUGAGGAUACAGGGCUGGGCCUGGCUUUCACCAUCGCUCACGAGUCUGGACACAAUUUUGGGAUGAUCCAUGAUGGCGAAGGAAACCCUUGCCGUAAGACAGAGGGCAACAUCAUGUCUCCAACAUUGGCUGGUAAUAACGGAGUCUUCUCCUGGUCCACCUGCAGUCGGCAGUACCUCAGCCGCUUCCUUGGAACGGCCCAGGCAUCCUGCCUCGGAGACGAACCGAAGCAGAUCGGUCAGUAUAAGUAUCCUGAGCAGCUUCCCGGGCAGCUGUAUGACGCAGACACGCAGUGCAAAUGGCAGUUUGGAUCAAAGGCCAAACUUUGCGGCCUCGAUUUCGUCAAGGACAUCUGCAAGUCUCUGUGGUGUCACCGAGUGGGACAUCGAUGUGAGACCAAGUUCAUGCCCGCUGCAGAGGGCACCACCUGUGGUCCAGACAUGUGGUGUCGAAGGGGUCAGUGUGUGAAAUACGGGGAGCAUGGACCGAGGGCCAUCCACGGCCAGUGGUCGGCCUGGUCCCAGUGGUCUGACUGCUCCAGAACAUGCGGAGGAGGGGUCAUGUACAGGGAACGAUCCUGCACCAACCCGAGGAGAGGCCGCUGUCUGCAGCUGCUAAACUGUGAGUUUUGGGAUCAGCGAGACAAGAGGUGGUGUCGAAGGGGUCAGUGUGUGAAAUACGGGGAGCAUGGACCGAGGGCCAUCCACGGCCAGUGGUCGGCCUGGUCCCAGUGGUCUGACUGCUCCAGAACAUGCGGAGGAGGGGUCAUGUACAGGGAACGAUCCUGCACCAACCCGAGGCCAGAAAACAAUGGUAGAUUUUGCCCGGGAUCAAGUCGACACAACCAGCUGUGUAACACUCGGCCCUGCCCUUUCAAUGCGUUGGACUUCCGGGCCCAACAGUGUGCUGAGUACAACAGCAAACCCUUCAGAGGCUGGUACUACAAGUGGAAGCCUUACACCAAAGUGGACGAGGAGGACAUCUGUAAACUCUACUGCAUUGCAGAAGAUUUUGACUUUUUCUUUGCCAUGUCGAGCAAAGUGAAAGACGGCACCUCCUGCUCCGACCAGAGAGAAGGUGUCUGCAUUGACGGAGUGUGUGAGGCUGUGGGUUGUGAUGGCAUAUUGGGUUCCAAGGCCUCCCUUGAUGCCUGUGGGGUCUGUAAAGGAGACAACUCCACUUGCAAGUUUUUAAAGGGCCAGUACACACUUCAGCACCGGGCUAAUGAGUAUUACUCUAUGGUGACAGUGCCAGCUGGAGCAAGGAGCAUCCAUGUCCAGGAAAUGGAGGUGUCCACCAGCUACCUGGCUGUCCGUUCCCUGAAGAAAAAGUACUACCUGACCAGGGAUUGGACUGUGGAUUGGCCAGGGAGGUUCUAUUUUGGUGGGACUGUCUUCAAUUAUCAGCGUUCUUUCAACAAGCCGGAGAGCCUUUACGCCGCUGGCCCCACUAACGAGACUCUGGUGUUUGAAGUAAGCCGCCACUUUCAUUGGUGAUAUUUUAGCAAUGUC